UUAGCUGCAGCUGCAGAUGUUUCAUGGCAGAGCAGCUCCCAGGCAACAGCUGGAAAACUCCCAGGUUCCAUUUAUCCUUUGUCACUGGGUCGCUGCUGGGAUCGAGCUGCUGCUGCUGGACACUGGAGCCACGAGCAGGCACACGGGAGGAGGAAGCAGAAGCUGAUUGACGGAGAAAGAGGAGGAACAGGAAGGACAAUGGUUUCUUCAGGUGUCUGCAGAUCUUCAACCUGGCCAAUGGAAAACGUGCUCUUCGUUUAGAGACAAGCAGAGAUCAUCGAGGAGAGGAGUUCUGACCUCCAGCGCCCCCCUGUGUCUGAGGAAGAGAACACCGAUGCCAAUCUGCCUUGAGGUUAGCUGGAGCGAUGGCAGUCAACAAGGAGGAGAAGCCCAAAGAAGGCAGGAGCACCACCGGGGUCCCAACAGCACCGGAGGGCGGCUGGGGCUGGAUGAUCGUUGCUGGUUGUUUCCUCGCCACCAUCUGCAUCCGGGCAGUGACCAGAUGUGUCUCCAUCUUCUUCGUGGAGUUCCAGCUGCACUUUGAGCAGGAUUAUUCCACCACCGCUUGGAUCCACAGUCUGAUUGACUGUACCACCAUGCUAUGUGCUCCUCUGGGCGGUUUCCUCGGGAGCCGAGUGUCCUGUAGAGCGACGGUGAUUCUGGGAGGUUUGCUGUCGGCUGCCGGCUUCGUGCUCAGCUCCUUCGCUUCCAGUCUGGAAUAUCUCUACUCUUCCCUGGGGAUCCUCACAGGUCUUGGCUUUGCUCUCAGCUACACACCAGCCAUUGCGAUGGUUGGGAGGUACUUCAAUGAGAGGAAAGCUCUGGCCUAUGGCAUCGCCCAGUCCGGUAGCGGCAUCGGGACCUUCAUCCUGGCUCCUGUUGUCCAAAUGCUCAUUGAGCAAUACUCCUGGAGAGGAGCUCUGCUCAUCCUGGGAGGAUUUGUUUCCAACCUGUGUGUUGUUGGAGCUUUGAUGAAGCCACUGGAGCCGAGAGGUGAAAGGAAAUCCGAGAAGUUGACAAACUCAGAGCAAGACUGCCUGACAACAGUGCUGGACACAAAAGACACUGAGAAAGUUCCAGCUGACGGCCGCCAGGUGGAGCCAAAGCAGCUGGAAAUAAGCAACCUAAAGGAAACUCGAAGGCUGCUCAUCUCCAACGGAGCGUUCAAAAACAUCAGACUGGAAAAUGACAAACAGACAGAUAUUAAGAUAGCUGAGUGCAUUUUAUUCAGCAACAAGCUAACGGAGACGGUGCUCGGGGAGAUCAAACGGUCGGAGGCCAAAUUAGUAAAUGGAAGCACGAUUGAGGACAUGAAAUUAAUCGAAUCCAUGAUGUUGAGCAGUAAAGCUGACAAGACAGAUGUGAAGACAGAAGACUCAGGACUCACUAAACCCAAACCGGACGCCGUCAGCCCUCCUCCUGCAUUAGUGAACACGAACCCUUCAUCCAGGAGUCGGUGUUUUUGCCUCGAGGCCACCAAGGAGUAUGGAUUCCUUGUGAUGCCCGACUUCCUGAUUCUGUCCGUGUCCUUCCUGUUUCUGGCGUACGGCUGCAGCGCUCCAGUGGUUUACCUGGUCCCAUACGCCCUCAGUGUUGGGGUGGACCACCAGCACGCCGCCUUCCUCAUGUCCAUAUUUGGAGUCAGCGGCAUUGUGGGGAACAUCACCUUCGGAUGGGUCACGGACAGGAAGUGUCUGAAGAAGUAUCGCAUGCUGAGCUUCAUGGUGGCGCUCGGCUUCGAGGGCCUCUGCUGCAUGUUCGCCCCACUCCUCCGCUCCUUCUCGCUCCUCGUCCUGUUUGCCGUGCUCUACGGAUACUUUGACGGAGCGUACGUGGCGCUCAUCCCGGUGGUGACCUCUGACAUCGUGGGCUCCACCCAUCUCACCUCCGGCCUGGGUGUGGUCUACUUCCUGCACGCCAUCCCUUACCUGAUCAGCCCGCCGAUAGGAGGUUGGUUGGUCGACAGGACCGGCGACUAUGCAGCGACCUUCCUCCUCAGCGGCGCUUGCUUCCUCCUCAGCUCCGCCGUCCUGAUCUCCACCAUGUUAGUCCGACGCUGCCGCAGGUCCAAGUGUAGCUCAGCUGCUCAUUUAGAUCCGAAUCGCUGUGCUUCUGUUGCCGCUCAGCAGGGAAUCAUAUGAUGCACCUCACCUCUGCUGGACCGUGGGUUUACAAAGAAGGAACAGUCGUGGUGCUAUCUUGAUAUGCAUCGUCUGUCGCUGAUGUGUUUGAGGCGUUGGAUCCGAGACCUCAGGUUCAGUAAGAACAGUUCCCAGAAGAAACAACCUCAGCCCCGUUUUAAAGAAACUGUUGUUUGUUGUGACUGUGACACACGAGGAUCAGGUUAUUUUUUAUCUUUGUAGUUCAAUUAGGAUUUUCUGUCCUGUGAAGAAAAAUAGCUUUCUCACGUCAUACGAGCCAAACAAAACUCACAGGCCUUAGUGAGAGUUUCAAUAAUGUGAAGACGCACAAACUGUUCUCACCAAUUUUAUAUAGAUUAUACAUUUUAUUUAAACUUAUGAUUAUAAAGAGUUUCUUAUCUACUCAAAUGAUUAUGUCGAUGAAGAAAACAUUUUCAAAACUCAACAAAACACUUCAUAGACACUUUCGGGUGUGAAGGAACUUGAGUGAAUCAAUGUGAAAACAAAAUAUAAAGUCCAUACAUGACAUUGCACUGCCUACAGCAAUACAAUGAAAUUGUCCUUGAGCCGACACCUAUAAAGAGUGAAGGACAAAUCAAACUUAAAAAAACGUGUUGGUGAAAAAUGCACACUUUCAUAUAACUUGAAUUUUAACUUGAAUUUUAAAUGUAACUUCAAUUUGAAGUAGAUUUUACGUUCAUCUUGCCUGUGAUGUGCCUUUAUUCUCCGUACUUUAACGCCAUUAUGCACAAAAACACAUAUGGAAACAUAUCAGACAAAGUAAACGUGCUGAUGUUUGUGGAUCAGGACGAUGUCGUCUCCCUCAGGCCGACACAUCAUUGUGUAAACUUGUGUUUUCAAGCUUGGGAACACAUGUCAACCCACGACUGUAACGCACAACCAUAUAUUCCUGACAGUACUACUUACAAACCUGUGGGGAAAAAAAUCUGUUGGGAAAUACCCAGUGAAACUACGGGAGUUUUCAGGGAGGAGAAGGAAGUCGGACUUCCCUGACACUUGAAUGGAAUGAAGGCUGCACCGCUGCUUGUAUUCAACUGUUUCUGCUAAACCUGUAAGAUCAAUAAUGAACAGGUAGUUUUGUGUACUUUGAAUUAGAUGAAACAUAUCCCUGGGAAAUAAUAGCACCUGUGAAAAAAGAAUGUGAACCUCUGCUUUACUUUGUCAAGCUUUGUGUUCGCUGAUCAGAUCACGACACGCCUGUAAAUAUAAUGUUCAUGCAAUAACUUUCUGUGGGGUUUGUCAUGUAAAGAAAAUUCCAUAUAUCCAUGUUAAUGUUUAAAAAUGUAUGUAAUUAUGUUGAAUUGUUGGAAUGAGGAAUAGGAUCAUAGCUGUGGAGUCGGUUACAUGAUGUGGAAGCUAUUUAAAGAAAUGUAUGAUUUUUUAAAAAUAAUAUUCAAGCAAAAUAUUCCUUCUGAUUAUUUCUGUUUUGUUCGAUUGUGUUGUACUUGUGUUUCUCUAUAGUUCUGUUCAAAUUGAUCUGUUCUGUUCUAUUCCACUUCACCUGCUAGCCACUAGGGGGCAGUCGACCCAUGUUUGAUCAUCUCACACAAAAAAAAAUUUACUUUUCAAAUCAAAUGAUGAAACAGAGGAAAAGUACUAGAUUGCGAGAAAGUGUCAAUGCUGGUAGAGAACAACUGGGUUUAACUAGAAGGAAAUAAAAAUGUC